AUGGUUCACGCGACCAGUUCUGCUACUACCAUUACGCAACCUAGCAUCAUGGCGGCUAAAAAAGAAACCGAAAAAAAACCCGCCAGGAACUCCAUUAGCACCUCAGUAGUGCAGCAACAACCGAACACUCAGCAACUAUCAACACUACCAGCACCUGCUCUCCAACCGUCUAGUUUCACCGGCCAGAGCUCACUUUCCAUUUCGCGGAAUAAACACUGGAAAUAUAUUUCUUCGUACCAUGGUCCUUGGCUUCAACUUCCCCUCGAGUUGCUUGAUUCGCUAUAUGUUAUCAACACCGAUAACGUUGCUACACCACCGCCUCCCAUUGACCCUAUUAUUUUCGGAAAUUUGAUAUCAAUUCGUCGUCUAGUUGACGAAGCUGCUGACUUGUCUGUACGUGCUGCUUCGGGAAUUUCAACUUCUGGUGGAAGUAUGAGAAAUACAAUGUCUCAUACGCGACAGCAUAGAAUGCGUGAACUUGCUGUAAACAAAUUGGCGCUCGCAUAUCGAAUAGAUGAGAUAGCUACUGCAGUAGUGACUAUGCAGUCGGCGAGUGCUAUUGAUGAAGUAGCUAGUAGAGUAUUAAAGAAGAACGCAACAAAUUUGGAGGCCCUAUAUGUGAAUUUUUUUCAUGAAAAAAUCCCAUCGAGUAGAAUGUUGUCGCAAUCUACAUCCACGGAAGUAUUAGAUCAGAUCAUUGCGGCAUCCCCAAAUACGCCUGAAUAUUAUCGCACACGUGGUGUUGUCAAAUGCUUUAAAGAGGAAUUCGCUGGUGCACUUCGGGAUUUCAAAACAGCGCUUGCACAUAUUAAGCACAAAAAACGGGUGAAUAGCGUUCUUAUGGGUAAGAAAGUAACAAGCCCACUGCAUCAUCAUCAUGGCAAGGAUUCGGAUGAGUGUACAGGCACGGAAAGUCAAUUAUAUUUUCUGCGGGCAGCUUGUUACCUUCAAUAUGCAAUCAGUGUGGUAGACAAAGUUAUCCAAAAAGUUGACAGUGCUGAACGAAAAGAAGCUGAUGGAAAAGGAUCAUAUAACGGAAAAAAAGAUGGGGCUUCGAUUCAAGCACAAAUACCGAAAAUUGAGCAGUAUCGACAAGAAUUUCUGCCGAUAGUACAUCAAAUGCAAACUAUGGCAAGACGUUCUAUUCGAGAUUAUAACCAUUUUCUAUCAUUUUAUCCAAGUCCAUUGCCACCAUUUACGGUAGCCAAUGAUGAGACAGCAUCGUCAAAGGCUAGUAGUCCUACCAUGUCUCGCGAAUCUUCUCCUAAUCGAGGAAUCCAUUUUAAUGUUCACACUACAAAUGAAAAUGAAAAUGAUAACGGUGUGAAUGGCACACAAUUAAUUGAUCACGGUACAAAAAAUGAAAACGGUUCGUCUGUGGUCAAUUGUGGUUUGGAGCCGCCUCAUUCAUACGCCACGUAUCAUCCUCUACUUAUUGAGGCAUGGUAUGCGAUCGCAUUGAAUUACAUCUUACUUGGGGAUAUUCACACCGCUGCUUUAUGGCAUGCUCGGAUCUCCGAGUUGCAUGAAUGUAUUGAAGGAUAUCCAGUUUUCCUGCCAGCGAGAUCUAUGGCCCAGGCAGAUUACAUGGAAAAAUCCAAUGGAAAAGUGAAAAGAAAACCUAAGGAUCUUGGAACUGUGAAUGGACGAAAUGGAGGUAAUAAUUCUAUUGGUCCAGUUAUCGGCAUAGAUGGACAUAAGCAUCAUCCAUGUUGCCCGCUUGCCCCAGGUAACCAUAGUCCUCCCGUUAACAAAGACGCACUUGCUAUUUCCGCAUCCUCUUCUCCGUCUUCCAAUUCCAUCUCUUCGGUAUCUCCUUUAAAUACCACUGCCACACCCAAUUCUGGUAUUACAACAAUUGCUACUGCUGCCGCGGCUGGAUCCAAGAAUUAUCCGUUACACACAGCAAGAUCAGAAUCCUGUUUAAUCUUUUUGAGAGCCAUUGUUUUACGACCAGAUAAGGAUAUGGUAGUUUCCAAUAAUGGCUCCUCUUCCGGUAAAUUUGGACGCAAAGCAAUUGAUUUUUUUCCCUUAAUUUAUUGA